GGCCGAGCUUCUAGAUGGCCUUCAUGAGAGGACUGGUCUGGCGAGAGGAGUAAACAAGGUAGUUGCUUGUACUCCUUAGUAUCUUUUUGAGCUAAAUCGGUUGCAUACUGUUCUGUUGGGAAGAGGGCAAAGGAUGCAGUCUGUUGGGAAGAGAAGCGUGACCACUGUUCUGGAUAGUGAAGAUGAACCUAUGUCCAUGGAUAGUGAUUCUCCAGGGGAAGAAGAGAGCGACUUUGAUAAUCUAAAAACUCCUCCACCCCAAAGGAAAAGGCAUACUCUAGUUGAUUGUUUUCAGGAAGUUCUAGAUGCUAGCCCUUGGAGGGAGAGAGUUGCUCUCGCUGCUAAUCCUUCAGGCUCUGGAUUAUUUGAGAGGUUGCAGCAGGUCAUGCACUCUGAAAAGGAGAGAGAACUGGAAUUCUCGAACAAUUUGGAGCCCAGUGGCGCGCCUCUUUGUGGGACAAGCUGCCUCCAUGUCCUCAUCCUAUCGAGCUACUUGGAUGCAAAGUUGAUAGUUUGCCGCUGUCCUAUUAAGAAGAUACCAGAGAGACUGCACGAGCCACAGAGCCCUGAAUCGGUUUCGCAGUGGAGAGGAGAGAGGACAGUUAUAUUUAGUCCAAGAAUUUGCAGCAAUGUAGACCUUGAAGUUGGGAAACUGAUUUGCAUUUGCCCUCCUUGGAAGGAGGUCCAACUCACGAGGGAAGAUGGACGCGUUCUCCUCUGUACAUAUUUUUCACUAGUAUGAUUGCUUAAAGGUAACGACUAAUCUGAUUUUGCUCCAUUCCUGCUGUCGACUGUAAACUGGUCUGCAUAAUUUCAGAAGUUCCCAUGGUAAUACUGUAAACAGGAACCCAUAUUUCUUCUUAUAGAGAAUUUAACUACAAAAGAAUAUUGUUGUGUACAAGGAAGUGUUAUGCCAUCCACACUUUUCAAACACUCAAUGCAGCAUCAGCAUUGAUUCAAGCAACAAUGAUUGAUUCAAGACAACAAUUUGGUGGCCCGCUUCAGCAGCAGGCUGUUAGAAAAUUCGCAAGGAGGAUCCAGCAAAGUAAAAUUCAACUUCUCGCCUCAAUAAAGGCUGUCGAUUGAAGAUGGUUGAUUGCGAUAGCCGUUCAUAGUUACAUUUCUCAUCAGCUGCAUGCUGCAAGAAAUGAAUUUGUAUUAAACAACCAUCUCAUCUAAUGAAAUUCAAGGUUUGUAUUUUUUUUUUUUUAAAAAA